AUGCCACACACAUCCCGACAAAAGCGCCCAUCCGCCACGGCCCACAAACGCCUCCAAGUAACCUCCUCCGACGGCUGGACCCAUGUCACAAGCAGCAACAAUGUGCGCCGGGUGAUGCGCACAUCGCGCGUACCAAGCGAAGCCCGCGCAAAAGAAGAACCCACACUCGGACCCGCGGAAGCACCAGCGCGCCUCACAUUCGACGAUUUGCAGACGCAGUACAUGGCGCAUCGGGAGCGCUGGCUCGAGUCCGAGACAUGGAAGACGCUCUCAAAACUUCUCGUCUCACAAAUACGCGAGAGGGAGCGCAAGACAUUCACGGAUGAAGCAGUACAGGGAUCCGUUGACGCGAUUGUCUGCAUUGGACUCGGGAGUCCGAGUGGGUUCCUGCGCGACGGAUGGGUUGAUCGACGAACCGUAUCGAUGUAUCAGCUCGCAGCGCUGGAUAGUAUUGCGACACAAUUGUCCCGUUCGUUUCAUAUUUCUUCCUAUACCCUAUACCUACACGCAAAAACUAAACUGAAUAAAACCUUCGAUAAACAGGUCCGGAUGAUGGCAUCCCAUUCUCAUUCCCUAUCUCACGCACAGGAUCCCGUCUUCAACGAGCUCGAUUGUUUACUUCUCGAAUCGCUGGGUAUAACGAUCGUCAAGGACCCGGUUGCAUUUCGAGCGCAUCACGCAGAAUACACUCCUGUUCUGCCCCGGUGCGGAGAAAACGCAUCUUGA